AAUUACUAAAUACAAGGAUCUAAGCGGCCGUAUUCUACUAGUAGUUGGACUACAACAACAAUCCAGCGCAGUCUGCCUGGGGAGCCGACAUCUAUUUACUGCCAGGGGAGUUGAGCACAGCCUUGCCUGCUUAGCUAGGUCCAGAUGAUGAGCCGCUCCUACACACCCACACAAGCAUUCACACACCCAUUCUCACACACACACACACACACACACACACAUUCUCUCACACUCACACACCCACACAAGCAUUCACACACACAUUCUCUCACUGUCACACGCGCUCACUCACUCACACACACACACACACACACUGCUCUCAAUAUAUCAUUUAUAGUCAUUAUUUUGGUAUAGUAAGUCAUUAUUUUGAGAUACUAACUCAUUAUAAUGACUUACAUGAUUUUUUUUUCAUCAUACUUGCGGAAACGGGUUUCAAUAGGUUUCUGAGUGCCUGGGGAUAUGAUGAAACUGUAAUUCUCUGCCCCAGGGGCCAUGAUCAUUGAUAUCCAUAUUUUGGCUUAGGCCUACACUUAUAUCAUCAUCAUACACGUUCAUAUAAAUAUAGUAUUUUGCCGUUAUAGUCAUACAGUCUUUUUUUAAGAGGUUCUAAUCGCGCAGCCACACUCCUCUGAUGUGAUGCUGCAGCAGCAGAGGCUCAGUCUGUGGUGAGGAGGGUGAACACGUCGAGAGGGACGCUAUUUCUAAUCUGUGCAUGUGGAACUCGGUAUUUGAGGAAGUAAAGAAACUGAAGAAAAUGGACGACUUCUGUAUGGCUCCGCUUGGUUGCUUAUCAACAAUGAAAAAUCAGAUCGAUGGCUUCAAGUCGGUGUUUUUGGAGAUGUUUUUGGACAUGGAUUGAGAAGCGACGUAUCUGUACUGAAACAACGCUGAUUAAAAACUUCACAACGACUCGCCAAGUCUGACUGAAGAAAGAAACACAAUGUAAAUUCAAGAGCAGCGUCACUACCGAGCUCAAGACAGCCAGAUAUGCGUCUCUCCUCGUUUUUGGCCCUGUUCAGGCCUGCCUUACCCCUUAUCCUGGGGCUCUCUCUGGGAUGCAGUCUGAGUCUUUUGAUGGUGUCCUGGAGGCAAGGGGACACCGAUGAGUCCUGUAGGGAUGAGCUGGGCAAUGGUAGGCUUUUCCUGGGCAGAGGGGAUGCCCAGAGAGUCUCAAGGGAUGAAGCUGGCGAUGAAGACUUCCAUCCACGUAUCGUGCCCUAUCACAAAGACCCAAACAAGCCACAUAAGAAAGUUCUCAGAACCCGAUAUAUCCACACAGAACUCGGCAUCAGGGAGCGACUGCUUGUGGGUGUACUGACCUCUCGGGCUACCCUGAACACGCUUGCUGUGGCAGUGAACCGCACAGUUGCCCACCACUUCCACCGCACUUUUUUCUUCACUGGUUUGCGCAGCCCCAAGGUGCCUCAUGGUAUGACUGUGGUCGCACACGGUGAUGACCGCCCAGUGUGGCUGAUGUACGAGACAGUGCGUCACCUCCACCAGCACUACGGCUCAGACUAUGACUGGUUCCUCUUAGCCCAGGAUGACACUUACAUGCAGGCAGACCGUCUGUCUGAGCUUGUGGGCCACCUCAGUGCAGGUCAGGACCUGUAUAUGGGUAGGGCGGAGGAGUUCAUUGGUGGGGAGGAGAAAGCACGCUACUGCCACGGGGGCUAUGGCUAUCUACUGUCUCGCAGUCUGCUGGCCCGUCUGCAGCCCCAUCUUGACACGUGCCGUAAUGACAUCCUCAGCGUGAGACCUGAUGAGUGGCUGGGCCGCUGCAUUAUUGACUACCUGGGUCUCAGUUGUCUGGAGGUGCACCAGGAGAUGACCUAUCGCUACUUUGAACUCAGGAAAAAUGCAGAUCCAGAACGUGAAGACAGCACUGAGUUUAAAAAUGCCUUCACAGUGCAUCCUGUUUCAGAACCUAAUCUCAUGUACCGCCUGCACAAACGCUUCAGCCAGAUCGAGCUGGAAUGGACUUACCUACAGAUUGAACAGCUCCAGAUGCAGAUCAACAACCUGAGUGACUUGACGCCAGAGGGUAGGGCUGGAGUCACAUGGCCUAUAGGAAUCAACCCUCCCUUCAAACCAAGAACCCGUUUUGAGGUGAUAAACUGGGAGUACUUUACAGAGGAGCAUAUUUACUCAUGCAUUGACAGCUCUCCGAAGUGUGAGAUGAGGGGGGCGGACCGUGCAGAUGUAACUGCAGUUCUGGAGAUUGCAGUGGAACGUCUAAAUGAACGUUACCAGCCACAGCUUCGCUUCCGUAAACGGCAUCUACUUAAUGGGUACCGGCGCUUUGAUCCUACGCGUGGUAUGGAGUACAUGCUGGACCUCGCUCUGGAGGCCUUUACCCAGAAAGGCCACAGUCAAGUGAUUGUAAAAAGGGUCAACCUGUUGCGACCUCUCAGUGCAGUUGAGAUUAUCCCCAUGCCUUAUGUGACAGAGGCAACACGGGUUCAGGUCAUCCUGCCUGUUACUGCCCAGGAUCAGGAUUAUGUUAGCAACUUCCUCGACAUGUAUGUGAUGAACACUCUUGACACUCAUGAUAAUGUUUUGCUCACGUUCUUGUUCAUAUAUGAUCCAUUUGAUGCACAGCGAGUCAGCCAGACAGACGUGUUUGCUGGCAUCAAAGCCAUGAUCGGGGAGGUGGAGAAACGCUACGGAGACGUGAAGAUUCCUUGGAUAAGUGUGAAGACGGAGGUGCCUUCACAGGUCAAGCUGAUGGACAUCAUCUCUAAGAAGCAUCCUGUGGACACGCUGUUUUUCCUUGCCAGCGUGUGGACAGAAGUCAACGCUGACUUUCUGAACCGCUGCAGAAUGAACGCCAUCAGCAACUGGCAAGUCUUCUUCCCCAUCCACUUCCAGGAGUACAGUCCUGCUGUCAUCUACCGCGACCAACAGCCCUCUGCUGCCUCCUCUUCCUUUGCCUCUGAGUCGCUGAGAGACGGCCACUUUGAUCGCCAUGUCUUUGAUGAGGCUUGCUUUUACAAUGCGGAUUACAUGAGCGCACGGACCAAGAUGGCUGCUGACAUCUUAGACAAUGAGGAGCUGCUAGAAAGCAUGGAUGUGUACGAUAUAUUUGUUCGCUACUCAGGCUUACAUGUGUUCAGAGCUGUAGAGCCGGCACUUAUCCAGAAAUAUGUUCGGCGAGCGUGCAACCCACGGUUCAGUGAGGACAUCUACCACCGCUGUGUAAUCAGCAACCUGGAGGGUCUGGGCUCACGCUCUCAUCUAGCCAUGGCUCUUUUUGAACAAGAGCAGGCUAACAGCACCUAGAGGCCACCUGAACCUCUUACACACCUGGACUAAAGGAUAUCCACACAGAACUAAAUGAAUUGUAAUAGGGUACUUAAGUGAUCAACACACUGAAAUUCUUGUAUUUGCCAGAAAGAGCUGAGGAUUGGAUAAAAACAGCCGCCAUGUGCAUGGGUGCUUUGACAGUGCAAAUGGUGUAUCCUCCAACUGAAAAUCUCUCUGCUCACUACCUACAAUUUCUUCUGACUCUUGAGUCUAGAUCUAUGAAUCUGUCAUGUCUAGACAAAUUAUGAGUCAUCAAAGUUUCUCCUCACACCUCCUUAAAUGUGGACAUUCAAAGAAUACAAAGGAGCUGUUAGUAGUAUUCCUGCUCUUGCCAUUUAAAAAUAAAUAAAAUAAAAAAUGAACUUCUAUCAUGAAAUAAUACAUUGAUAAAAGACUUUAGUUGUUAAAAUAAUUGAGAGAAAAAAUAGAGCAAUAAAUAUUUCUUUGGGAAGAUAUUUAAAAUAAUAUGGGAACAAGCUGAAGCCGUUAGCUGCCUUUUCUUUAACAUAUGUUCUUUUUAUAAGAAGUAUUAAAGUGUUAUUGUUGCUGUGA